GUGCCGCGCGGGAGCCCAGGGGAGCCGCUCCACUUCGAGGAGGUGUCCAUCCACGUUGUGCUGCCUGUACCUGUGGUGGGCACGCCCGUGGGGUACUGUCGCAUGCAGGACGACCACCUGCAGCUCAAUGCAGGCGGCAAGUACCAGCGGCCGUGCGUUGUCGUGCAGGGGCUCUGGAAAACGGGGACGCACGCCCUCCACAGUUACAUGGAGCGGCACUUCGACGUCGAGGUGCGCAAGAGCAGGUGGGACGGGUGCGUCUCCUUCAACGGCCGCCACGUGUGGAAGCACGACCUGCUCCUCACGCCGUUGGAGUUUCCGCCAGAGGAUGAGCAGGGCCGCCCAGUGGUGGUUCUGGUGUGCACGCGCGAGCCGACCAGGUGGAUCAGGGCGAUGUCGAAGGGCGCCUACGAACUGAUGCCGAACUCUGCCAGCGGCACGAAGCGGGUUCGGAGGAUGGGGGACGUGAGUUGGCUCUUGCGGGGGCCGAGAGACGAACCUGUGCACGUCCGCUGGCCCGCCUGGGCGAAAGGCCGCGUCGAUUGCGAUCCAGAGUUCGAGGAUGCGUUCGACUUGUGGUGCCACUACAUGGCCGCAGUGCUCCACGGUACUGGCGUGGGCAGCCCGGCGUCUCCAACCCAUCGCGUCCUCGUCGUGCGGCACGAGGACCUCGUGUGCAGGCCCGAACUCGUGCUGAAUGAGCUCGUCAGGGCUGGCCUGCAAACCAAGGGGUUGCCGUUUCAUCCAGAGCGCAGGCUUCUGGGGGGCCACCACGCCGACAAGGGGCGGGCGGUGGAGGCGCUGAGGGAGGAGGUGCAAACGCCAGUGACCCUGGACGAUCAGAUGGUCGAUUGCAUGGUGUCGAGGGCUCAACGGUACAAAGGCUUGUUUGCCACUUGCUGGUACCCGCCCGCCGACGGCAAACUUCCAGUCGACCACGUGAGUGUCGAGGAUGUUUAUAAAGUUUGCGGAGCGGCGUGA